UUUUCGAGUAAUAAUUUUUGGCGUGGAAUGCCCCGUACUUCAGAAUAUGCACUCUCGUCGUAUCAACCCUCUAAAAUAAGACGAUUGAAAUAACAUCACUGAACCAACGAGUAAAACAUUUGGAAUAUUCGUUCGCCCACAUGCAUACUUAUUUGAAAUUAUGUAUGCAUGUGUGUGCUUUGUAUCAACUCAAAUCCACCAAUCAAUUCCAUUCGUAGCCAUAAGAACGCGGUGAUUGGCCAAAUUGGGUAGGGUAUGUAGAACAAGCGCAGUGAUUAUAUUUUGGAGUUGAAAAUUCGGACUACGUAUUGUACAAGUUUUAAUAUUCCUCUCAAUUGCUUUUGAAUUCUUUUAAGAAUACUUGCGCGCGAACGUCGGAAAAUAAAAGCGGAUAUGCAAUUUUGAAAUAAACACGAGAAGUUUGUUUUGUUAAAUUUCCAAAUAUAUAAACAAAGUCUUGUUAAGUAAUAAUAAUCAAUGGCCAGAUACGAUUCCCAAAUAUGUCGGGACUCGCCUAACUGUUACAACAGUGAAAAUAUAUAUUUCAACGAUUUGCGGCUUAAUGAUGUUUCGAUUAUGGAGCAACAAUGGAAUGCGUCAUACUGUUCUGACUCGAGUAACAAUCCAAGCUGUUAUAUAAUGAAUGCAUGUACGGCAGCUAAUUUGUCUUCAAACUCAUUUUACCGAUCACCACAAUAUUGUUCUGGCUCAUCGCCUAAAUUCGAUGAUGCGGGAAAAGACUUCCAUGAGAUUUUGCUCACACCCACUUCAGCGAAAGCAAUUGCUGUGCCUGCGGUACGUAUAAUUAAGAAAAGAAAUACGGCCAACAAAAAAGAACGAAGAAGAACGCAAAGUAUCAACAACGCGUUUACUUGUUUACGGGAGAAAAUACCUAAUGUACCAUCAGAUACGAAAUUAUCCAAGAUAAAAACCUUAAAGUUGGCUAUAUUGUACAUUAAGUAUCUCGUUGAAGUGUUGGAUGGAGAUCAGGAUCCAAAAACGGGGUUUACCGCAGAUUUAAGACCACUUCACAGAAAAAGUUCAAGUGAUAAGAGAUCGUAUUUAAAACAUGAUUUGAAGAAUAUUCAACGAUCAAACAAAGGACGCACCGGUUGGCCCCAAGAUGUCUGGGCUUCUGAAUUGAUUCCUGAUCAAGAGUGAUAAACAUUGUUGUGAUUUCUACCCGACCGAUGUCUUUUCACUUUUUGUGCAUAAAAUGUCACUCGGGACUUUGUUUUUGGUUAGAAUUAGAUAUAAGCAAAUAAAAUAGUUUAAUGGAACUUUGA